AUGGCCACAUCAGUGCACGCUCUUGGCACAAAGCUAAUGGAACAGACGGGUCGGCCAUUUGUCCCCAUCGAAGCCACCAGCAAUUCGGCUGAAUGGCAAACCGCGUUUCAGGUGUCACCUCUGCGGAGCCCAGCCGUUCAGACUAACCUUCUGCCAUCAACAAGGAGCCCUGACUCGCAGACGGAAAAUUUGGACGAGACGUAUCGGCACACAAUAACCGUUCACGGACGCGAAUAUCAGCAGUACUCGAUUGAUAAUGAGAUAUCAUUUCAGCCAGUUGAUCGUGAUGAAGCGAAUCGGCUCGAGCUCCAGAAUAAAGUCUUCAACAAGAUCUUUGAUAAUCGGCUGAUCUUCCCGCGAAACUGUGAGCCUCAAAGAGUUCUCGAUUGUGGUCACGGCGCGGGGUCCUGGGCUAUCCAGGUAGCAGAAGAAUUUCCAGAUUGCGAGGUCAUCGGUGUUGAUAUAUCCCCUCAUAUGAUACCAGAUGACGACGAUGAUGAUUUUGAUGUGGCGGAAAACUUGGAGUUUCAAGUCGACGAUCUGAACCGGCCCUUUACCUUCCCCCCUGAAUAUUUCGAUCUCGUCAAUUCGAGGAUGAUGGCAACAGGUAUCGAUGGAUCCCGAUGGUCGUCAUAUAUACAAGACAUCAAAAGAGUUUUGAAACCAGGCGGUUGGGUGCAGUUGGUCGAGAUCUACUUCAACGUCCAGUCGGACAACGGUUCGCUCACGGAGAAGCACGCAUUGAGACAGUGGAGUACAAAGCUCAUGAGCUCAGUGGAAGACGUCAAGGAUCUUCGUGUAGGCACCCGCCUGAGAGAUCUCCUGCUAGCAGCAGGGCUGAAGGAGGUCGAAUCCACGAUGAUACCUGUCCCCCUCUGCGAAUGGUCCAGCGUAGAACCGAGGAUGCGAGACAUAGGCAAAGCCAACCGCAAGAUCACCAGACACCUGCUCACUGCAGUAGCACUCUACCCCUUGACCCAACGCCUGCACAUGUCGCAUGACGAGUUUCAGCAACUGAUCGACCAAGCACAAAAAGAAGCGGAAAACACGAGCUUGAAAACAUAUUUCCCUUUGUACGUUGCUAUCGGACGAAAACCAUCAUAG